AUGUCUGUUACUAUUGCUAAGCAACAAGUGCCUAUCCAAGGUUGCUCCUCUAAAGAAGAACUUGAUAGAGUGUUGGCCUUUCAACCAUUCAAAGAUUGGCUAAAAAGUUUCGAUGAACAACAACGAGCACGACAAGAAGAAAUGAAUGUGGAAUCUAUCGAGAUUCAAAACAUUGAUUAUUUCAAAUCAGAAAAAAUUGGAUUUAUAAAAUUCAAAACGAAUGUGACAUUUAAAGAAACAGGCAUAAGUGCACCUGGUAUAGUGUUUAUGAGAGGUGGCGCGGUAUCGAUGAUGAUUAUUUUAAAAGCUGAAAAUGAAAAAGAUAAGAUUAUUUUGACUUUACAACCACGUAUUCCAGUUCCAAAUCUUGCUUUCCCCGAGUUACCUGCUGGUAUGUUGGAUGGUUCUGGUCAUUUUGCUGGAACUGCUGCUAAAGAGAUUGAAGAAGAAACAGGUUUAACUGUCAAAGAAGAUGAGUUGAUUGAUAUGACUGAUUUAGCUUACGGAGAUAAAUGGAAAGGAGUUUAUACAUCACCAGGCGGAUCAGAUGAGUUUAUCAGAUUAUUUGUUUGCGUAAAGCACAUGGAUAAAGAGUCUAUAAAACAACUAGAAGGAAAAUUAACAGGUCUUAGGAGUCAGGGUGAAAGUAUCACAUUGAAGUUGGUUAACCUUGAAGACGCAUGGUCUUUAUCACCCGACGUCAAAUUGUUAUCGAGUUUGGCUCUUUACCAA